GAUUGCAAAUUAUUUGCAAUAACUGAAGAAUUUUUGUGAAGCACUUUCAAAGGAAAUAAAUAGAUUUUUACUAAAAAUUACUAUUUCAAAGUAAAGAAAAAAGGAACAGCAAAAAUGCUGUCCCGAGGCUAUUACACAGACGAGGACGCGAGAAAACGCCAAAUUGAUACGUUAAAAAUCUUCAACGACAAUGUAACUGAAAUCACAGAAAACUCCGAGUACAGACUCGAUUUUGCAGCAAACGGCAAAAAUAUGAGCCUAAACGUGAUAUUGAGCCCUGAGUUUCCAAAUGAAAAGCCUUGUAUAUUCGUCAAUCCCGCAAUUCCGCACCCAUGGUUGGGUGAAAAUUCUAAUCAGGUCAUGGGAGCACCAGGUUUAUUGAACUACACACAACAUUCUGACUUAGGAAGAGUAGUACAGGCAAUUAUAAGGGAGUUCCAGAAGUCAUUACCAAAUCUAAGUGAUGAGAAGUGCAUUGAGAGUCCACAAUCUCAUAUUAGUGCGCACUCACUAUUAAUUCCGGAUCUGGCUGAGUUGAGCAUUGAUGAACUACAGGAGAUUUUGCAGAAUUGUGAUUUACAGGACAAACUCCUAGAAAACUGUCCACAACUAAUGGAAGUAGACAUGGAGACAGAAGAACUUAUGUCCAGCAUCGAAGACAUAGCUCAAGAUAAUCUCUCUAAGCAACAAAUGCUCGACGAUCUGAAGACUCAAGUCCUUGAUCGGAUUUCAAGAAUUGUCCAACUUAAAAUGAACUAUGAGGAGUUGAAUAAAAAACACGCACGCCUAGCCGAGUCAUAUGCACCGCAUCGCAUCCGCGAAUGCCUGAAAGCCGCCGCAUUAAGAGCUGACGAGGAUGCUGAUCACAUCGCUGACCAGUUCCUCAUGGGUAAUAUACCAGUCGAAACAUUUAUUGCGCAAUUCGCAGAAAAACGUGCAUUGGGGCAAGCAAGACGCGCUAGAGAGGAACGCCUGGCGCAUCAACUAGCACAACUGGAUAGAGCCACUACUUAGGCUGCGAUUUGUUAUUUAUUCGAACAGCAUUUCCUUAAAUAAUCGUUUUGAUGUAUAGAAAUUAUUGCAAAGUAAAAAUACAGGUCUUCUAAAUAUUAUGUAAAAAAUACAAAGUGAAGAUAUUGAUCUUGAAGUCGGAAAAAAACGUUCCACAUCAUUGACUUACAAAUAAAUGGACGACGGGUCUAAUACAAAAACCACGAAAAAAAUGUCCCAAGUCAACCUAUUUAAACGUAGUGACAUGUAA